AUGGUGCUGCUGUUAGCUGGCGAAGCAAAAAAGCAAACUUGUGUAGCAUUAUCAACAGCUGAAGCUGAAUACGUUGCUUUAUCUGCAGCUGCUCAAGAGGCAUUGUGGAUGCGACAAUUGUUGACAGAUCUUAAUGUAAACAUUGAUGAACCAAUGACCAUUUACGAGGACAAUCAGUCAGCUAUUGCUAUGUCCAAGAACCCACAAUUUCAUGGACGAUCUAAACACAUAGACAUCAAAUAUCAUUUUGUACGAGAUCAAGUAGAAAAGAAAACAUUAACUGUUCUUUACUGUCCAACAGGUAGCAUGUUAGCUGAUUUAUUCACGAAGGGUAUUCCAAAGGAACAAUUUAAGAAACUGCGUGAACUAACAGGUGUUGCAAUAAAACCUAAGUAG